AUGAAGCAAGAGUAUAGCCAGGAGAAGUACAGUCGAGAACUCACCGAAGUGGCUCCUAGCAGGCAUCACAGAGGCGCCUGGCUUACGCCCCGGAGCUCCGCUGGAGGAGGACGGUAUAAAGCACGGAAAGAGGUCUCAAGCUCCUUGAAAACAGGCAUCCCAACAGGCGAUAAAGAACUCCACCAAUAUGCAAAAGAAUCACCGCAUCGGGUUGUCCUCAAAACCCUAGCAGACGACGUUGGUAGCAAGAAGGAGGAGUCAAACAAUCACCAUUGGAAGCCAUGGAUGUUGUCACUUGAACUAAGGAAGAGGUCCCCAACGAGAUCCUCAGACUCGUCAUUUUGUCUCGGACCAUGGGAACAAGACGGGAAAACUCUAAUUCGAGCAACCGACGGAGGAGACAUGGGAAAGCAGAGGAGGCAGAGGCCAUAG